AUGGCACACCAAAGUACCACAGUUAAAAAACCAGCUUUAGAAGUGGUGGAACCAAAGAGUGGAGGCGAUGACAGUUUCCAGACCUUUAUUCUCCAUGAUGAAGACCACACUUUAGGGAAUGCACUCAAGUAUAUUCUGAACAAAAACCCUAGUGUUUCUUUUGUGGGGUACAGUAUAACCCACCCGUCUGAGACCAAGAUCAACUUACGCAUUCAGACAACAGGAGUUCCAGCCAUUGAUGUGUUAAAGCAAGGCCUGAAGGACCUCAAACAGAUGUGUGGUCACAUGCUGACCACGUUUGAGAGUGCCACCAAGUAUUACAAGGAGAAUCACCUGGAAGAGAGAUAUAUGGAAGAUCAAUCAUGA